ACUCGCUGGCGUUUAACUCGUUUGCUCGAUUACUUAUGUGAGUGUCGGUGGAAGAACAACUAUUCCACGACAGCUAAUACUCGUACUUAAAAUUAUAUAAGACUUAGUAUUCGUGAUAAUACAACUUUUCGGCAUUAUAUUGGCCCAUACAUCCUCCCAUAACCGAGGAUGGUACCGUGGCUUGUCUUGGGAAUAUGCGGCCUGGUGGCGUAUUUUAUCUAUGAUGCCUACCGGAAAAACGCUUACUGGAGAGAAAAAGGAGUGCCUGCGCCUUUUCUCUACCCUGUAGUUGGUCGAUUUCUGGAGCAAAUAUAUGCGGGUCAAGGCAAAUUCGAUUACAAAUGGACUCAAAAACUCGGCCGCAAGUUUGGGCUGUUCGACGGACCGGUGCCAGUAAUUGUCAUUUCCGAUACCGAAAUGUUAAAAAAUGUGAUGGUCAAGGAUUUCUCACAUUUUGUCAAUCGCCGGGAGAUUGAGGGGAUCAACGGCCCUAUAAUCGAUCAGGCCGUCAGUGUUCUCAAAGACCAACGCUGGAAAGAUGUACGCAGUGUGCUGGUGCCGACCUUCACAUCCGGCAAAAUGCGAAUGAUGAAUCCGCUGAUCCAAGAGUGCAGUCAGACCCUCAUCCAGAACAUGGACAAAAUGGCCGAGAAUGGACAGGAAUUCGAAGCUAAAGAAAUGUUUGGUCGCGUCACGUUGGAUGUGAUUGCAUCGGCGUUCUUCGCCACCAAGAUCGACUCGCAAAAAGAUCCCAACAGCGAUUUCGUGCGGCAUGCCAGGAAAGCGUUCGAUUUCAACUUUACCAAUCCGCUGCUAAUUGCUGCCUUUUUAUUCCCGAAGCUUGUGCCGUUGCUCGUCAAACUGGGAUUCCAGGGCUUCAGCCGUGAAGUCACCGACUUCUUUGUCCGCAACACGGAAGAGAUUGUCCGCAUGCGCAACGCGUCACAGGAUCAUUCGCGCAAGGAUUUCCUCCAACUGAUGCUCAACUCACUCAAAGGUCAAAGUCCAGUCGCCAGCAAAGCAACUAAAGAGGCAACGGAAACUACCGUCCGCGAUGACACCGAUGCCGAUCAUGCCGACAUCCUGUCGGACGUUCUUUCCAACGGACCCGUCACACCCGAGCACAACUAUACUUCCAACUACAAAUUGACUACCGAAGAACUGGUCGCACAGUCCGUCAUUUUCUUCUUGGCCGGAUACGAAACCACCGCGACUACGCUGAGCUUUCUAACCUAUUGCUUGACAGCAAACCCCGAGAUUCAAGAACGACUCCGCGAGGAGAUCGAGAACGUGAUGGGUGAUCGGGAAGUGCCCACUUAUGACAUCAUAGCCAAGAUGGAAUAUCUUGACUGCUGCAUCAACGAAACGCUGCGAAUUUAUCCGCCAUUGGCACGUACGGAGCGGAUGUGCAACGAGACGUGGACACACAAAGGACUGACUGUUGAAAAAGGGAGUGUUGUGGCGAUCCCCAUCUAUGCUAUCCAUCACGAUCCCGAGUACUGGCCGGAUCCGGAGACGUACAAUCCUGACCGGUUUUCCCACGAAAACAAGCACAAUAUCAAACCAUACACUUUCCAAACCUUUGGUCAAGGUCCUCGCAAUUGUGUCGGCAUGCGUUUCGCCUACUAUGAAAUCAAGCUGGUCAUGGUCAACAUUCUCCGCAAAUUCCGCUUUGUGCCCUGCUCCAAAACUGAGAUUCCUUUACAAAUCACCGACGUGGGUUUCCUGCGGGCUAAGAAUGGCGUUUGGGUGAAGCUGGAGAAAUUAUCUGCUUGAAGUUGAUUUUGAAUCGGCAGUGGCAUUUAGAGACGGCUCGUGCAAUGCAUAUGCUUUCCUUUUCAAACAUUUUUGUAUAAGUGUGGCGUAAUGUAGUGGCAGGGGUGUCACGAGAUUGUUGCGUUGUUGUGAUCUUAGUGUCCGGUAGCAGUAUGCCAGUGCUAAUAUGCUAUUAAGUAUAUUGUCGAUUAUUAGUUGGUUUUGUACUCCCUCCGUGGCGGGUUAAUAUUAAGCAUAUUACCGCCACCUUCAAGUCGUGAUAACAACUAUAUAUCGGCAGACACUACACUACAUACAAUUGCAUGUACAUCGUACACUAUGCUAUUGCACGUUUGGUGCAAAGUCUAGCAAGAUUAAAUUAACCGAAGCGAAGACAAGACUGAAAGAAAUUCAAAAAAAGAGAAAUAGGUAGUCGCUAGAAUGGAUAAAAAUUCGUAACGCGAUAAAACGGUGAAACAUAACUGGGUGGUCGUAUCGGUAGCGCAAUAUUAACGCUACAGUACAAUAUUAUGUCACACACCGACUCUCUUUGUUUUUACUUAGACAAGGGAUAGACAUCGUGCAAGCAUUUGUCCGAAAUUACGACAUCCGUAUUCAUGCGAAAGCAGUUUAUCACAGAUCGAUAAUAUAUGCAGAACACGAUAUAAGUUUCAGCCCUUCGAGAGGUACUAGAUUGAUUUUUGAUUUACUAAAUCUUGCAUACAUAGAAACGGCGACAUGGGAAACGACUAGAAUCGGCAACGCGAUGCUGUUGGCUUUCAAUACGGAAGCUGCAGUAAAUGGUCUCAUGUCGAAUUUGAACUUGUCCGAUCCUCGGUGGCAAUCGCGUGACUGGCUUGGGGUAAAUUUCAGUAUUCUUGUCUGAAGAGAGGCUAGAGUAUCUAAUCUCUACCAGUCCGCAGAUUGUGUUAAAGAAUGUUAAGCAUAUCUUAAUACAAACGAUACGAAGACGGUUAUAAUUGACUCAUUAUCCAAAGACACAAAAUGCGGCAGCAUAAAAUGCUUCACGAUAGCAAGGGCAUUCUCCGUACUUACAAAGCGACUGAUUUGACGACAAGCGAUACUGACAGCAGCUGACAAUACGGCCGCAGAUAAGUCCGCUGCGACAGAGCAUUGAGUCCUUUUAAGGUAUCAAACUAUUAUUACACAUUCUGACGAUCACCAAGUAACUACACACCGAAAGCAUAAAUGCUCACUGCCACGGACUUCUAAGGAGAAAAACUGAUACAGCUUUUCUGCGGAAUACAUUUUAGAAAUUUUUUUUAUAGAGAAAAUAGCAUUGCACAUGUUCGUAAAGCAUUUGUGUUAACAGCAUCGGCUGAUAAGUUGUACUGCUCUGUUAACAUUUUCAGCGAAUUGCUUCCGAGAAAAAUAUUUGAAAAUGAACGCUUAUGUAUUACAUGAGUAGUCUAUGAAUGCUUUUGCCGAACUCAAACUUCAAAAUGAACUUCAGGCCGAUAACUUUUCCAGCUUCACCCAAACGCCGUUUUUAGCCCGCAAGAAGCCCACGUCGGUAAUUUGCAAAGGAAUCUGUUAAGAAAGCGCAACUGUUAGCCGAGUAACAGAAGUGUGCCCGGUUGGUGCUACCGAAAUGGGUAUGCUACUUAGUGUUUAAUACGUCACCAUACCUCAGUUUUGGAGCAGGGCACAAAGCGGAAUUUGCGGAGAAUGUUGACCAUGACCAGCUUGAUUUCAUAGUAAGCGAAACCUAAACGUACCGAUGUCCAUCACAAACCUCGCGCAUAUCCCAUUUAACUGAAUAUCUGUAAAACACUUGCGUGUUUUAUACUCACGCAUGCCGAUACAGUUCCGAGGACCUUGACCAAAGGUUUGGAAAGUGUAUGGUUUGAUAUUGUGCUUGUUUCCGUGGGAAAACCUAGGAAGCAGUCACAGUGGUCAUCCUACUUAAACUGAUAUCGUCAUUGAUAAGUGUGAUGUACCGAUCGGGAUUGUAAGUUUCGGGAUCCGGCCAGUACUCGGGAUCGUGGUGGAUAGCAUAGAUAGGAAUCGCCACAAUAUUCCCUUCCUCAACAGUCAAUCCUUUAUACGUCCACGUCUCGUUGCACAUCCGCUCAGUCCGAGCCACCGGCGGAUAGAUGCGCAGUGUCUCGUUGAUGCAGCCGUCUAAAUAUUCCAUCUUAGCGAUGAGGUCAUACGUGGCUACUUCUCGGUCACCCAUCACGUUUUCGAUUUCCUCGCGGAGUCGCUCCUGGAUCUCGGAAUGCGCGGUCAAGCAGUAGGUCAGAAAACUCAGGGUGGUCGCGGUGGUUUCG